AUGACAACAUCAAGGUAUCCAAACGGAAAGAGGUCUGAUGGGUGGAACACUUUCCUUACAAGCUUUGAUAUUUGCAGGGUCUCAUUCCAGGGCCAAAAGUCACUAAGAGGCUAAAUGAUAAGGAGCUUUUAUAAGCAACAGGUGGUAUUUCUAUUUUAAAUACUAGAACUCAGGGUCAUCCAAUGAAACUGAGUGGUGGAACAUUUGAGGGCUGUGUACAGGUGCUGUAUAUCCGGUUGUAUUACUGUAUUGGCCAAUAGCAACCACCAGGCACGCAAGAGGUUCUUUGGAUUCCACUGGACAGAGACUCUUAGGUAGAGACAAACUUUUAUUAAUUGGUAAACAUUAGCAAAAAAAUUGAUCAGCAACGUAGAAUACAGUCUAACAGAAAACCAACAGCAACUGGAAUAAACUGUAAAGCCAAUAAUAUAAUCUAUAAGCAGGCAGCCCUGUUUAGGGAAAUUUAUAAUGGCUGAUGUUUUAAUGUAUUUUUAAUCUUUUGCUGAAAGCCGUCCAGAGUGGCUGGGGAAACCCAGCCAGAUGGGAGGGGUAUAAAUAAAUGAUGAUGAUGAUGAUGAUGAUGAUGAUGAUGAUGAUGCAAAAGAUCUUAGGCCACAAUAAUCAUAAUACAGAUAGAAUAGGUUUAGUUCUUCAUGUCUCCCCAGCCAAAGGAGAUCUGUAAGGAUUAUCUGGGACACUUCAGACUGGCAGACGGUCAUUCUCUUCACAUUCUGGAAUGGAGCAUAGAACAAUGUAUCAAGAUCUCCCUGUCUCCAGCUGCUGAAGGUCUCAUGCCAAGCUGGCAACAGAUGUAAUUCAUGAUGUAAUUCCAUUCCCAUCCUUUGAUCCGACCUGGGAGUCGACACGUGGGCAUGAGCCUUCCAUGGCAUUCUUUAUCUGUGCAGUUCAGUCAAUGUAAGGUUACUUUGCUCCAUCCAUCCCUCAUGCAGUCAGGUGUUUGAUAGCUAGCCAAGUCAUGAAGUUGCUUUCACUUCUUCUCAAACAGCCAGGUCCCUUAUAUUAAAGCUACAGCUACAUGGCAGAUCACAUUCUGUUUUAUUCCCUGGCAAUACAGGUGCCCUGCUCUGAUUCAUGGGCCCAGUUUGUCAAUUCAGAUCCAGAUCAUGAUCCAGAUCAUGAUCCAGAUCAUGAUCCAGAAAAUACAAGUCUUUGGAAAACCCAUUUGCUAGCUCAGAUGGCUUCAAAACAGAAUUAGACAACAGCCUUCUUUCUUUCUUUCUUUCUUUCUUUCUUUCUUUCUUUCUUUCUUUCUUUCUUUCUUCAGCUGCAGCGUCAGAUGUCAGGCUGGGUCAUUGCCAAAAGGAAAUGAAGUGGCACAUUUGGAGAGCCUGUGUAAUAGCUUCCCUCUGUUUCUUUUCCAGGUCCAUCUCAUGGUCUCCAAAGUCUUGCUAGACUCAAUUGGAUUUACAUGCAUCCAACUGAGACCAGAUCUAGGAUUCCAUCUUUUCUCAUGAUCAGGAGGUAGUUAUAUAAUUAAAUGUAUAUACCUUCCAUCAUGUGUUAGGAACAUGUGGCCCUCCAGAUGUUACUGGUCUCAUCAUCCCCAACCAUUGACAAUGAUGCCUGUGAUGGAGGCAGUUGGCACCCAGGAACAUCUGAAGACCUCAUAGAUCCCACACGACCUAUUAAAUAGUGAACAUCUUUUAACGUAUUGUGGGAAGCCACUUUCAGCCUGAGGGCUGGUAUCUUGAUGAAAACAGCUCUAGUUGCUGCUGUAAAAGGGACAAACACAAAAUUGAAAGGCAUUUGGACCUUUAGGCAUGGUAAUUUGGCACAGUAAGUAGUCCUGACAUAAGCAGAUAGCCUAUAAAUAAACACCAAUAAAUGUUGCAAAGCAAGAUAUUUCUUCUUAGCACACACCAGUAACUGAGAUUUCAGCUGCAAUAAUAGCAGAACCAAAAACACUCCAUCUGAUCUGAUCAGCUGAUAUAAAGAUCAACCCAUUUCAUUCAAAAAGAAGAUUGCCCCAAAUCUGAUUUACCCCGUAAAAUAAAUAUAAAGUGAACAUAUGGAUCAAACCCAUAACUGUUGUUUGCAAAUGCUUCCUGAAGUCCUAGAAAGUAGAUGUCCAGGAGCUUAGAAGAAAUAGAAUGCAAAAUGAGAAUGUGCUAUAUUACCUAACAAAUUUUUUAAAAUUCCUUGGAAUCCAUAUGGAACAUCUUUUUGGUUUAAAACUGAUCCAGCAAAAGAAAAAGAAAGACGUUUCAAAAAUGUCUUUAUAGGAAAGAAUUGUCUGAUACUUAUAGACACCAAAGUGUAAUAUUGGAAAUGCCUCAUUGAGACCCAAUUUUGACUUGAAGUUGUUGUGCAUAUCAACUUUGUACCAAGGAAAUCCUUGACCUUUGUAGAUCUGCAUCUACUUUAAUAUUUAUGUUCCUAUAAUAGAAAGAUUAAGUGUUUCUUUAUAAAAGUCAAUCCUUUAUUAGGCAUAGGAAACCACACAUUAUCAAACACACACCAUAUACAAAUUGUGCAAAAUAUGAAUUCAGCAAAACAAAGUUUGUCCCAGUCAGAUUUUUAAAUAAUACAAUAUAACACUACCACAUCACAGAUCAAUUAAGAACCACUAAAUCUCUUUAUAAUGGCCCAGUCUUUCUACAUGGACAGCACUCAAAAAUUCAGCCACUAUUAAAGUAAUUUGAUCAUUCCUGUCCGAGAGCAGAUCCUUAACUGUUGGUGGCAUAGAAUUGAGCCUGUUAAGUUGUAAGGCCUCUAAUAAUUGUCUUCUGGCAUAAAUGCCAAAUCAGAAGAAAAGAAAAUAUGCUCCAAAGUAUCAGGAUCCUGUUUGCUACAUUUGCCGAGAUGCUCUGCUUCUGGGAGAGCUAAAUAUCUUCCAAGAGAGAUGAAGUGCAGGACAACAAAAGUAAAUAUUGUGAGCUUUGAUGCUUGACAAGAGACAUACUCUGGGUCUUGAAGGUUAAACACCCACCAUCCAACCAAUGUGUUCAUAUUCUUAUCCUCCAUGUUAUAAUAGCUUGCUGUUUCACAGAGAAAACUGAGAGGAUGGGGAAGCCAAUGCCUGCAAGGCGUGCAACAUCCAGAAGAUAUGCAAUGUCCAGAAAGCGUAAAGCAGGAGCAAAAGAAGCUGUCGGUCUGUAUACAGCACAGUCAUAUGGGAUGAGAUUUCUCAUGAAGUAGAGGAAUGCAUGGGAAAGGGAAGUUGAUGGAGAGACAGGCAGGGAGUGGACCCAGUCAUGUUGUGCCAGGGAGGAGUGCAGAGAAAAGCACACACAACUCUUUUGGUGCCAGAGAUCCACUAAUCCCCAUAGAAACCACAGUAUUCAGCACACUUUUUGCUGCUGACUGUGGUGUUCCUUUACUGUGUGCAGCAAGGAAUGUCUCCACCAUUAGGCAGAAUGAGGCAGUUGCCUCAAGUAGCAGGUGCUGGGGUGGGUAGAGUUGCACUGAACCUUCUCAGUUAGUCUGCUGCCCCAGCAGCAGCAUCGAAAUAUCAGCCAAGGGUAGUCUAGCUUCUGUAUGUGAAAUUAUUUGCAUGGAGGGGGCAUCUUGUCAUUUGUCUGGGGUGCAGAAAGUAACGUCAAAGGCUCCUGUCUUCUGAUCCAGACAUUUGUAAGAAAAGUUUCCUCAAGCAGCAAGCCAUCUCGCUUUGCUUCCUCCACCUGCUUAUUCUCCCAAGUGCCCACCCCCUGAGCAAGUGACUGUGUCUGGCUGAUGGCUGCCACAGCAUAUGGAACCCUUUUUCCUGGGUUGGGAAUGGUAUGUUGGCUACCGAUGGUUAAAGCAGAAUUGUCUUUCUUCAAGCAUCUGGUUUUCAGGACUUGGUUACCUUCUUCCAUUCUCCAACUGGUGAAAGAUUUGUCAUACUUGAGAUUUGCAUCCUUAGUGCCAUGACACUGCUGAUUUUCCUUCUAUGUAAGUACAUAAUUAGCAUACUUUGCAACUAAUGUCACGGGCUUUCCUUCAAUGCCAAUAGCAUUUCAAAAAAGAGAUGGCAGGAUCCACCUUCCAUUUACCCUCUUCAACUCUCUUUGAAUUCAGGGAGUGAGUUACAGCUGUCACCCAGUGAGAGCAAUGACACUGUUUUGUUCUCCCCGAAUAAGUGAGUUCCAGAACUUGGAACAAACGCCUAGGCUUACACAAGUCCCUGGAACACCCUGGACAAUUCCCUUUCCCAGUUGCCAUUCUCUGCUCCUUUCCCAACUAAUCCUCAUUUGCUGGGGGAGAGCCCCCAUUCCUGAUCCUCACCACCCUGCCCUCUGCUAGGGCUCCAGUCCCUUGAAGGAAAGUUCUUGGGGAAAACAGGCUGCAGAGGAUAAGGUCAUGGCCAAAGUGGGUGUGUCCAGAGCUUACCUAAAUAUCUAGAUAUAUGCAAGACUUUUUUCAGCCGAAAUUCAUCAGGACUCAGUUCCAGGCCCUCUCAGGUGGGCUCUGUUGCCAAUCUAAAAGAACAAGGGAGGCAUUCAUGCUGAGUUCCAGUGCUUCUUUUUCUAGAAAAAUAGCACUGGAUAGAUGAACAAAUGGCCUAUAUUCAUAGCUAAUUCAUUUUUAAAGGGCACUCAAAGUAAGCAAAGCUCAGGGGGAGGAAACCAAAUGAUCCAAGAAUUUGCAUACAGCAGGGCAUUUGGCAGCCUGGCAAAUGCAAGUCCACAGGACAAAGAGGACAGGGGUAUCUGGACAACCAAAAAUCUAAAGCUCUCAAAGGAAGGCCAAACCAUCUGAUGACAGAGCCAACAGGCUAAAUGGAAAAAGUCAGCAAUUUAAAUUCAAUAUUAAAAGCAGUUUGAAACCAAGUAUCCCCUCCCCCAGGUCAUCAGACCAGGGUGCUAGAAAACAAUUUCUUCAUUUCUUUUCUACCUACCCCUUCUUAGAUCAGAAGGAAGUGAAAAACAGAGAGGAGUUUCAAAUGGCAAUGACCAUGAUUCGAAACUUUGUUGUUGGGAUUGAUUCAAACUAUAAGGACAAGGAUGGUAAGCAUUUUAUAUACAAAUCCUCACUUUUGCUAGAACAUGCUUAAUUUAAACAGACUUCAAUUCCUGUAGUUCAAUUUGGGAUUCAUAUUGUGUGAACAAUACGCAUAUUCAAUGAAACUCAUCACCCAAUAGAGUUUAUCACUUUUUCAUUGCUCAGCAAGAAGAAAAGCAGAUGGUUGUGAUUCUCACAUUUCCCCACUAGAAAUGCUGUCCUCCCCCAUCACACUGUUAAUUCACAAUUUUUGUGCUAGUGCUAGAUUUUAGCACUAGCGCAAAGGAACUUUGCCCCCACUUCUCCCUGCAUGCCAUCACCAAAACUGCACUCCAGGGUGGGGAGAAACUUCAGAACAGAAUGGAGGGAAAGGGGCUGGAGAUUGCAGUGCACAAGGAGAAAUUCCUGAGCUUACAGAGCACCCUCUUUAGAACUAUGUGGAAUGCAACCCAAUAUUCAUCAGGAAAAGAGUUUGGGUGCCUGUAUUUUCUUAGAUUUAAGAAAGCAUAAUAGAAAACUGUAAAGUAAUCUUUGCAAAUUUGGCUUAACUGUGUGACUCAGUGGGGAAUUGUUUUGUGACCCUGUGAUUCCCAGCAGAAAAGGAGGACAAAGGAUGGGAACAUUAGAGAUACUUCAUGAGCCACUUUCAAUAUGAGAAUAGGAUAGUGGAUUGCAUGGGUCUUUAGUCUGAUCCAGCUGCAGGAUUCUUCAGAGGCUUUUCAUUGGUGAUCUCAGCCACAGAGAAUCAAGUCUGUCCUCAUAUUCAUAAGAACCCCAUCCUGGAGCUCUGCUUCUUGUUUCAGACUAAAGUGUUUUAAAAUGUUUGGAAAUGGUUUCUUAAUAUUUGCAGAUUGUUAUUUCAGAUACUCCUGCCUUAAACUGUUUCAAAUCUUUUAGACUUCCAAAUACUUGCUGCAGCUCAAAACAUAUCAGAGGAAAUGGUGUAUUAUGCCAACAUAAAUGAUCAACUGCAAAAGGAAAUUGGUAAGAUACCCUACAAUGCUGAAGAAUUGUAGUACAGUGGGAACCUGCCCUGAUUCUGCCCCUCCUGAAAGCACCUCCUCUAGCUGAAUACUCUUAGAGCCAGAGCAGAGUGCUGCCCUCCUUUGCACCCAGCCACCCUAGGGAAACAUCAGAUAUAUUCAGUUCAACUCUCCUGACCUUUUGAAUUGAUUUAGUUCUAUAGGGAGGAAAGAAAAGAUUUUGCCAUUCUUUGCUGUAAGAGAGACAAUCAAAACAGGUCAGCUAAAAGACCUGUCCUUUAUUAUAUUCCCCCAUGAGAGAGUGAUUCUUGAAUAGCACUCCCAAGGCAACUUCCGCCAACUUGGUCAGAGAGAUUGCUGGGCAGUGGGGUGGUUGGUGCAACAGCAAAAUCUCUUUCCUGUUUCACAAACCCAUUAUCAGAAAGAAGCCCUCAAGCCCACUCACAUAGUGUAUUGGCUCAUUUGCAUGUGGGAUAAAAGACUUGUGGACCAUCACAACUCUCACUGUAGCCACAGGCCUGUUCUGGUGCCACAGCAAGUACACAGACCACAAAGCUAGGUCACAAUAGGGUCCCUCCAUUUAUCUGCACAGGUAUCUAAGGUGGGCUCUCCUUUAUUAAAUAUACCAAGAGAAAAGAGCACACCAAGAACUCAGACCAAUGUAAGUUUCAAUAGUAGGAGUGGUCCCUACUCACAAAUCAAUAGUCCUGUAAGACAGAGUUGUUCCGCCUGGCCUUUGGCUUGGAGCCAAUUUGAUUCCCCCCCUCUCUUUCUUUUUUCUUUUCCUUCUCCUUCUGCGAUGAGGCUACAUUUUAAUAUUUUAAUGUUUCAAUAUUUUAAUGUUGUAUUUUUUAAUUUUGUUUUUAAGUUGUAAUCAUUUAACUUGUUUUUAUUAUUGCUUGUAAGCCGCUCUGAGCCCGGCCUUGGCUGGGGAGGGCGGGGUAUAAAUAAAAAUUAUUAUUAUUAUUAAUAGUAACAAAAACUAAUCCAUUCAAAAGUAUGUAUUCUGACAAGAAUUACAAACUCAAAUAGAAAUUACAAACUCCAGCAGAGAUUACAAACUCAAACUCAUAAGAAUAUGUAUAACACAAUUAUUCGUUACAAAUAUUUUCUCCUUUUAACCCUGAGCUCUGCUGGAUGGCACAAUGGAGGAAACAAAGCAAGCCUUCUUUGUAGCCUUCACUGCCACUUGGCAGGCUCAAUGAUAAUCCCUCACAAGCAAUCAAAUGCAUUCAACUGGAUUUUUUCUCUAAUUGAGUUCAAGCCAUCUCCCAGCUUUUUUCUUCGCCCUGACCUCUGCAGUAUACCAGGGGGCCAAACAGGCUGCAUGAAGCGGGAGAGGGCGCUCAGGGCCAAUCGUGUGGCACUCCCUCCCACCCGAUGUUAAGGAAAUGAACAACUAUCUGACUUUCAGAAAACAUCUGAAUGUAACUUUGUUCAAGGAAUUCUUUUAUGAUUUAUGUACAAUUGUGUUUUAAUUUGUUGGAAGUCUCCCAGAGUGGCUGGGGAAAACCCAUUCAGAAGGGCAGCAUAUAAAUAAAGUACCGUUGUUGUUGUUGUUCUUGUUGUUCGGUUGUUCCUGAGCUCGGUGAAAGCUUGGCAGGAGCAGCAGUUAGAUCAGCUGGAAUAUCCCCCAGAGCCAUUGGAAGCCCAUUGGAUCCAUCCUACCAUCUCGGACAGGGAGACAGCUAGGCAGCAAAGUGGGUGGAAAAAAAACCAGCAGAAUCCCUCAUCUGUCCCAGUUGCCCAAUGUCAGGAAUACACACUCUAGAUCCGCCCCCCCCCCCGCAACUGGACACUUAGCUUAUAGAGAGAAAGAGAAUUUUGAUAAACCACAGCUACUCCCCCUUCCCAACCUUCAAGUCUGCCCUGAUGCUGCCCUGAGUAUCCAGGUGGAAACAAGUGGGUGAGGCCCCUGGGGUUCAGAUAAGGCUUGUGAAGGAACAUGCAUCUUUUGUCUAUUCCCUCAAAUAAAAGGUUCUUCACUGUGCUCCCUGUUCCAGCUAUGCCCCUCCCACCGGUAUUUCCUGCAGCAUCAUGAAGGGGUUGAAGAGUUAAUGUUGUUCUUGUUUUAAUAUUUCUGAGCUUCCUAGGUGAAUAUAUGUUAUGUGGCUGCAGAAAUGAACUUAAUAAAAAUAUUUGAAAUCUGCAAAGAUGUACAAGGUUGUUCCUCUUAAAUUCCCUGUCUUGUUUUCUUUUUCUCUUCUUCCUCCAUAUCUGCUUGACUCAAAGACAUCCUUACUAGAAACUUGAAUGAUGGUUGGGUUUUAUAUUCAAAGGCCUUCUAUUUCUUUUCUCUUGAGCUACGCACAUGGGUGGAUUCCCAAAGAAAGUGUGAGAGGGAAGGCGCCAAGCUCAUUUCUAUGCAAACAAAGGAAGAACAGGUGAGCAUCAAAGCCGAGUAUAGAAAAGACAGGGGAUCUCUUUGAGUCAAAGGGUUCUUAUCAUUACUAUCCAUUUAAGAAGGUCCUAUCCACCUCUAUGCAGCCAAGACAGCAACUCCAUCAGUCAAGCCAAGCGGUGGGUGGGGCAGGGAACAGCUGCUACCAUCUAGGACUCAAUGAGGUUUCUUAGAGCUGCUGAACUCUAAUAGCCUGAAGCUGGCAGUCAGGAAGGAGGUCUUGAAGGAAGAGGAGUAGAUACUCGAGGGGAAUCUAUCCCUUGAAUUCCCUGUAGAUUCUUCCUCUACUCUGUACUGAGUGCUUAGAAAAAAGGCUUCCCUCACCACCCUAACCCUCUGGCAUGAGGGGAUCAUGGAGAUGACUCUAGAGGAGCUUGCAAGGUAUAUCCCUCUCCCAGCCCCUUAGCCCUAGCAGAGGGGUUACUGGGGUGCUGCAGGGCACAGACAUGUGUGAGAUCCCAUCAUCAUGCCAUCAAGCAUACCACAACCAGACUGAUUCCAUUAGCUCUGGAACCAACCAUCAAGCAUGGAUGCAGAAAUUGGAGUAUUUGACACACAGGUCACUGUCCUGCUAGGUAGUUCCAAGAUGAACUGUUCUGUGGCCCAGUCAUUUACAGUAUCUGGAAAUUUUAACUUUGUGUCAGAACUGGGACUCAUAUGUAGCCAGUCUCGGUGAGGGUAGGUGAAGUUACCCUUCACUACAAUAUUUCCUAAUUGGGAUGCUUCCUUGAUUCCAUCAUCAGUAUCAUCCAUCAUCAGCAUCAUCAUAAUUUGGAUCAGGGGCACAGUAACACAUCCUCAGUAUUCAUCGUAUGGGAUCCAAGGCGUUUGAGUACCAAGGCGUUCGAGAAUAAAAGUACCACUGUAUAGUUUUGAUCACUGCUUCCCACAAAAAUGUGUAUUGGACCUUCAAUGGUGGCACCUGCUCCUUUAUGCCUGUUGAAUGUCAGUAAAGGCAGUCUCCCAGAGAAAGGGACAUUGUCUAGAAAGACUUUGUGAGAAGUGUUUUUCUCCUCAUUCCUACUGAUGAUUUUCUGUUUUUCUUUCUCCCCACCCCCACCCUAGUAUUUUAUAAACCAGGAAGUAAAACUCCGUAAAAUGGUUUUUUGGAUUGGAUUAUUUAAAAACACGGAAAGGACAUGGACAUGGCUGUCAGGUUCAAAGCCUACAAGCACGUAAGUUUUUACAGCAAGAUUUCUUAAUGGCAUGUGCUCCAAAAAGUUGCAGAUUAUGUUUACAUAAUUAAUUAUUUCCCUCUCCAAAUAUAUUUUGCCAUGCAAUUUUCUCUACUACCAAAGAUCUACAUAUGUACUCCACAUCAUUGGCCAGAUGAGCGGCUGCUGCUUCUCAUUAGGUUGGAGAGGCAGGAAGGCUAUUCUUCGUGCUUCUCCAACCUAGUGAAUGGUUUGUUCUGAUUAGCUCAGCUUCAAAAGGAUUUGCAGGAACCUAAAGCUGAGCAACACUGUCUUUAGGAAAAUAUUUAUACAGUGGUACCUCUGGAUGCGAAUAGGAUCUGUUCCGGAUCCCCAUUUGCAUCCUGAAGUGAACUCAACCCACAUCUGUGCGUGCGGGUCACAAUUUGCCACUUCCGCGAAUGCGCGUGAUGUCAUUUUGAGCGUCUGCACAUGCGUGAGCGGUGAAACCCGGAAGUAACGCACCGCAACCCGGAAAUGCUUAACCCGAAGCUGCUUCAACCCAAGGUAUGACUGUACAGUUAUCUGCACAAAUCUGCACAGGGAGUUCGUGAGGAAGUAGACAUCCAAUCUUGAUUGAUCAGUGCUGGUCUUUCUUUUCUUUUCAGGUACUGGAAUUACUAUGAGCCAAAUAGACAACCGGGCCAUGACUGUGCUGCUAUGUCCUUUGAUUGCUACUAUGACAGAUGCUGGAUGGCAUUACAAUGUGAGCGACGCAUACAGUAUAUUUGUAAGAAGGUGCCUGAUGAUACUUGGCUCUAA